GAAUGCAGCUCUGUUGCAACGGUGCGUCUGGGCAGUCUCGCAGUCCGUCGUCAACGGUCGAACGGUUCGCGCUAGAUUUCGAGCAGAUUUUCUUACGCCGACAUCGCUGUCGUCGUCGUCGUCGUCGUCCGGGAAAACAAACAUGAUACGGAUGGCUACGGGUCACGUUCUGUGGGUGGUUGGGGUUCUGCUGUUGUUAAGUGGGUUGGUUUGUGUACGGUGUGAGAUGAAAAAAUCUUGGCAAGUGAAAAAUAGUUCCGAAAAUAGCGUAGAAGGAAGUGGUGCAUUGGCGCCGGAAGCGGAUGAUGUAUCGGUUAAGAUGGCAAGAUUUGACCCGGAAGCUAUGCCGGAGGAGGAAGAUUUUGAGCACAACACGUUGGAGUCGGAGACGGAGAGGGUUGAACAGAAUGCAGCAACAGCUGCAUCGAACAGUACUGUGACAACUGGUCAAGCAAAACCCAGACUACGAAGUACGUAUGUAGCCAAUAGAACUUCAUCGCUGUUCAGCUUCAUUCGGGAAAGUGCCAAGGCAGCUCCCUUCGUUGAAGAUCAUGAACCGGAGAUUCAAAUUGAUGAUUUCUCAGCUGACGAAGCUGAUGAGGACGAGUUAGAUUUGGGUCCCGAUGGAGCGACAACUCCGGAACAGGAAAGUUAUUCUGAAGGUGUCGAUAUGAUCGAGACCAUUCUGGAGGAAGUGAAAGGUAUUUCCGAGGGACAGCAACAGUCGCAGAAAGAAGAACAACCAAAACCAGAAAGUUCAAGUCCGGAAAAUACCGAGCAGUACGAUUUGGGUCCGGUGCUAAAUAUGACCAUCGACGAGCCGAACAAUAUCGUCAACGUUAAGCUGAACGGAAAAGUGCUGAAGGAGAUCUUCACGGGUCGCGGAAGUGGUUUUGGCGGUGGCGGUAUGAAAAAGGUCUGGAAAUACGCUAUGCCCCUGUUCGUUCUACCUUUCCUAAUCCAGUCGGCGAUCAUACCGUUCAUGCUGACGACGGUGAAGUUGUUCCUGGUGAAAUCGUUCAUGGCAGGAAAGCUGGCAAUAUUCCUGCUGCUUCUGGGAGCGUUCAAAAAUUUCACCAGCAAAAAGGAUAGAGAAUUGUACGUGAAGGAUCUACCGGAGCGGCGGUACGAACCGUACAGUAGCGAGUGGCCGUAUCCUUACCAAUCCUCGGACGGUAGAGUCGGUUGGAACAACUGAUGGCACUGAAGGGAGGUGCGCUGGUGGUGGUGUUAUAAGGGCUACAGUGUCACAGUGUGACGCUGGCAGAUCGAUCCAAAUGAAUUUCGUUGUAAGAAUUUGAUGUUUGUUGUAGAUGUAAGUAAUUUAUUGGAUUAUUUG